AUGUCCGAAGCGCGAAGACCUGUCUUUUUCAACAAUCAUGACAGCUCUGUUGCUGAUUACCCUCGUCCGUCCUCACAUAACGAUGCGAUAAAACUACACCAACAGCUCCCCGGAUAUUCACCUACGCCUCUCAUCUCGAUCCCUAAACUAGCGACAGAACUUGGUGUUCGUGCCGUGCUCGUCAAGAACGAGAGCAACAGAUUUGGACUUCCCUCAUUCAAAGUUCUCGGCGCAUCUUGGGGUCUAUAUCGCGCGUUGACAGCUCGUCUUGGACUCCCGCCGACUAUAUCAUGGACCGAAUUGAUCGAGAGAGUUAAGGCGGCGUCGAGCCCGCUCGCUGUAAUUGCAGCGACAGACGGAAACCAUGGACGGGCUGUUGCAUAUAUCGCAAAACUGCUGUCCAUCAAAUGCGAAAUUUAUGUGCCACAUACGAUGGAUACUCACACCCAAGCCCUAAUCAGCGGUGAGGGUGCCACUGUCCAUGUUGUGCAAGCGGACUAUGAUUGCGCAGUACAGACAGCCGCUAGGACAUCCCAGACCGUGGAUGGUGGGAUAUUGGUGCAGGAUACCUCGUUCGACGGCUACGAGGAGAUCCCGGCAUGGAUAGUCGACGGAUAUUCGACUAUGAUGACCGAAAUCUACUCACAGUUGGCCGACAUUGGUCUUCAGAGCACCACUGUGGUUACACCUGUCGGCGUUGGAUCUCUAGCCCACGCUGUCGUCAAGCACUUCAAGGCUCGUCCUGAGGGCCCGAAGGUGGUUACGGUCGAGCCAGACACAGCGGCGUGCCUAUAUCAAAGUCUCAAGGCGGGCAGAAUGACGCCAGUUGAAACUACACCAACAAUCAUGGACGGCUUGAACUGCGGUACCGUUACACCCGUCGCGUGGAACGACCUGCGUCGGCACGUAGAUGCAAGCGUGACUGUGUCCUGCUACGAAAGCCACUGUGCUGUGCAAUACCUAGCGUCCGAAAGUAUUGCUGCAGGUCCUUGUGGAAGUGCAAGCCUUGCAGCAUUGAGGCGAAUCGCGGAAUCGAAGGAACGUUCACGUAUUCUGGACAGCAACUCAGUCGUGGUUUUGCUAAGCACCGAAGGCUCUCGACCAUAUCCGAUUCCUCACGAUGUAUCCAUUAAUGACCCGAUAUCUCUCACCCAAGCAUUGACUCGGAUCGACUCCUCGAACGUGACUCUUUCUGCUGCACAUGGCGCUGGUGAGGCAGGCAUAGUUGAUUAUAUUUCAGCAUGGCUUGCACAUCGUGGUAUUGAAACCCACCGUAUUGAAACUGUGUCCGGACGCCCUUCCGUCGUUGGUGUCCUUCGUGGUAGCGGUGGCGGCAAGUCAUUGAUGCUCAACGGCCAUGUGGACACUGUCAGUCUGGCCAGCUACGACCAUGAGCCUCUGUCUGGUCACUUGGGCGAGAAAAAUGGCCAUCCGGCUGUAUUUGGCCGCGGUAGCUUGGAUAUGAAAGGCGGGCUAGCUGCGGCUCUAUCAACCUUGGUUGCGAUUAAGCAGAGUGGGCACAGUCUUAGCGGCGAUGUGAUUCUGGCUGCCGUUUCCGAUGAAGAAGACGCUUCCCAGGGAACUCGCGACCUGAUCGAGGCUGGAUGGAAAGCAGAUGGUGCAAUCAUACCUGAACCAACAAUGUGUGCGAUCGUCCCUGCCCACAAAGGAUUCCUCUGGGUGGAAAUUGAUAUUCUCGGCGUUGCUGGCCACGGCUCGAACCCUGUUACUGGAGUCGAUUCGAUCCUCUUGGCCGGCCAUUUCUUGACUGCUUUAGAAAAUUAUCAACGUCAACUUCCUGUAGACGAUGUGCUUGGCCCGGCAUCUCUCCACUGCGGUCUAAUCAAGGGUGGCGAGGAGCCAUCCUCUUAUCCAGCAAAGUGCACCAUCACGGUGGAAUUUCGGACGAUCCCAGGACAGACACCUGAAUCUAUUGUUCGUGACAUGCAGACCAUUCUGGCGAAUAUCGCGAAAGAAACGCCAAAAUUCAAAUACGCAGACCCCCGGGUCACCAUUUCUCGUCCCACCCAAAAGAUCCCAUCUGAUCAUCCUUUGGUGCAGAAGACGGUUGAUCUUGCGACGAAGUCGCUAGGACAUUUGCCUUCGGUCGAGGGCGCGGCAAUCUGGUGUGAUGCGGCGUUGCUCACCCAGGCUGGCACCCCGGCCAUUGUCUUCGGACCUUCUGGUGAGGGUCUCCAUGCGAAGGAGGAAUGGGUUGAUGCGGAAAGUAUUAGACAGGUAACAGACGUUCUUACUGGUCUGGCCAAAGAUUUCUGCCAGUAA